AUGGGUUACGCUCGACAUGAGUCACACAAUGACACAGACAUGGCUGUCGGUCCGGGUGGGGUGAAGCGGCGCGAGUAGAUGAGCGAGGCGAACGGUGACGUCAUCAGCGCGCGCGGAAAAGCGGCGAGGGACCGGAGAGGCGGUUCGGUGCGGAUCGUUGAGGCGUGAUGUCGCUAGCGGACGAGCUGCUGGCAGACUUGGAGGAAGCAGCGGCUGAGGAUGCAGAGGAGACAUAUGUCGACGAGGAGGAGGAUGGCGUGGCCAUUGAAGUGCUGGAGGAGGAGAUGCCCGAGGCAGAUGCUGACUCCAUCAAGAGCAUUGCUAAGCUGCGGGACAGCAAGCUGUUUGCAGACAUCAUUUCCAAAGUGGGCGAAUACAUUGGCAAGCAGCGUAAAACGGAAGUGACAGGCCCCGUGGAAUCAGAUCCAGAGUAUAAGCUAAUUGUGGAUGCUAAUAAUCUGACCGUGGAGAUCGAUAAUGAGAUAAAUAUAAUCCACAAGUUUGUCCGGGAUAAAUAUUCCAAACGCUUCCCUGAGCUGGAGUCCCUUGUUCCCAGUGCACUGGACUACAUCCGGACAGUCAAGGAAUUGGGGAAUAAUCUGGACCGGUGCAAGAACAACGAGAACUUGCAGCAGAUCCUGACCAACGCCACCAUCAUGGUGGUCAGUGUGACAGCCUCCACCACGCAGGGACAGCUGUUGACAGACGGAGAACUCUCCACUGUGCUGGAGGCCUGCCGCAUGGGUCUGGAGUUGAACCAGUACAAACACCAGAUCUACGAGUACGUGGAGUCACGCAUGUCCCUCAUCGCCCCCAAUCUCUCUGUCAUCGUGGGGGCCUCCACCGCUGCCAGGAUAAUGGGGAUGGCAGGCGGCCUCACUAACCUGUCCAAGAUGCCAGCCUGUAACAUCAUGUUACUGGGCUCCCAGCGUCGGAGUCUCUCUGGUUUCUCCAGCACCUCCGUCCUACCCCACACCGGACACAUCUACCAUAGUGACAUCGUCCAAUCCCUACCCCAGGACCUGCGGAGGAAGGCUGCCCGACUGGUCGCAGGAAAGUGUACCCUGGCUGCACGGGUGGACAGUUUCCAUGAGAGCUCUGAGGCGAAGGUGGGCUAUGACCUGAAGGAGGAGAUUGAGAGGAAAUUCGACAAGUGGCAAGAACCCCCUCCAGUGAAGCAAGUUAAACCACUUCCCGCCCCUCUUGAUGGUCAACGGAAGAAGAGGGGAGGGCGCAGGUAUCGUAAGAUGAAGGAGCGCUUGGGUCUGACUGAAAUCCGAAAGCAGGCAAACCGCAUGUGUUUUGGCGAGAUCGAGGAGGAUGCCUACCAAGAGGAUCUGGGAUUUAGCCUGGGAACACUGGGGAAAUCUGGAAGUGGCCGGGUGCGGGCCGCACAGGUCAAUGAGGCAACCAAAGCGCGGAUCUCCAAGUCACUACAGCGGACACUUCAGAAGCAGAGUGUGGUAUACGGAGGGAAGUCCACCAUUCGCGACCGCUCCUCAGGGACUGCAUCCAGCGUUGCCUUCACUCCAUUACAGGGCCUGGAGAUCGUGAACCCACAGGCAGCUGAGAAGAAAGUGGCCGAGGCCAAUCAGAAAUAUUUCUCCAACCUCGCCGAGUUCCUCAAGGUGAAGAGGGAGAAGGACGAGGUUCCGCAGAAUGGGGCUGCUGCUGCCCGGUGAGGGUGCCCACUGCCCAGUGGCAAGGGCGAACUGGUCCCUGAGGGCAAAUUGGGAGGGGAUGUUACUGGAGCUGAAACCUGUAGUGGGGAUGGAAAAUUAUUACUCUCCCAAAGCACCCUAUGACCUGCUCUAUCCCCCACUCCCCCCCCCCCCCCGCUCUUCACCACUCCUCCAUUCCUCGCUCAGAUUACUGUGGGAAGCAUUGAGGUGAGCCCAUUCUUGUGGUCAUUUUGUUCCCAAGGGGGGGGUAUGAGGGUGGGGAGAGAGCAUGAGGGACAAAGAUGCUGAAGUCUGAAACAAAGUUAGAUUUAUUGUUUGGUGUGAAUAAAGAGCUGGUUUUACUCAA